CGGAGGGAGGUGCGAUGGGCGGCGCGUCCCGCGGAAGUCUCGCAAGAUGGCGGCGCCCCCGGACAUGGAGCUUUCGCCAGCCCUCAGCCUGGAGCUGCUCCCCACCGACCCGCUGCUGCUCAUCCUCAGCUUCCUCGACUACCGGGAUCUGGUGAGUUGCUGCUAUUUGAAUCGAAGAUUAAAUCAGCUAUCAAGCCAUGACCCACUGUGGAAAAGACACUGCAAAAAAUACUGGCUCAUUACAGAGGAGGAGAAAACCCGACGGAAUCAGGGCUGGAGAGCCAUCUUCAUCAGUACCUAUUCUGAUUUAGGAAGGUACAUCCAGUAUUAUGCCACGCUGAAAAAAGCCUGGGAUGACCUGGAGCAGUACUUGGGGCAGUGGUGUCCACGCAUGAUCGGCUCUUUGAAAGAGAGUGUGAGGGAGGAAGAUCUGGAUGCUGUGGAAGCACAAAUCCACUGCAAACUGCCCGAUGACUAUCGGUGUUCAUUCCGUAUCCAUAAUGGACAGAAGUUGGUUGUUCCAGGCCUGAUGGGAAGCAUGGCCCUGUCGAACCACUACCGCUCCGAAGAUCUGCUGGACAUUGACACGGCAGCUGGUGGCUUCCAGCAGAGGCUGGGGCUCAAGCAGUGCCUGCCCCUGACCUUCUGCAUCCACACUGGCCUCAGUCAGUACAUGGCCCUGGAGAGUGUGGAGGGACGGAAUAAAUACGAGAUCUUCUAUCAGUGUCCAGACCAAAUGGCUCGCAAUCCAUCUGCUAUUGUUAUGUUCAUUACAGGUACAUCUUACUUGGAAUGGUUUACAUCCUAUGUAAACAAAGUUGUCACUGGAGGUUAUCCUAUCAUCAGAGACCAAAUUUUCAGGUAUGUGCAUGAUAAAGAUUGUGUUGCUACCACAGAAGAUAUCACUGUGUCUGUGUCCACCUCUUUUCUACCUGAACUCAGCUCUGUACAUCCACCACAUUAUUUCUUCACUUACAGAAUCAGAAUUGAAAUGUCCAAAGAUGCCCUUCCUGAGAAUAUCUGUCAGCUGGAAAGUCGAUACUGGAGAAUAACAAAUGCCAAAGGUGAUGUGGAAGAAGUUCAAGGUCCUGGAGUAGUUGGAGAAUUCCCGGUUAUCAGCCCUGGGAAGGUCUAUGAGUACACCAGCUGUACCACGUUUACCACAACCUCUGGGUACAUGGAGGGCUACUACACCUUCCACUGCCUCUCCAACAAGGACAGAUUCUUUAAUGUCACAAUCCCUAGGUUUCAUAUGGUGUGUCCAACCUUCAAGGUGUCUACAGCAUGAACGGCAACAAAUCCUAAUGAAUCUGCAGUGGAUGAAGACCAAGAUUCCACAGGCACUGAUGACUCCUGAGAUCCACGUAGAGUAUUGGACAUUGCUGCACCCUCUGGAUGCUGCAGCUGGAUUUUCUCCCAAACAAACUGUUUGCAUAAGCUGAAUUCUUUGGGGCUAGUGCAUAGGAACAUUUCUGACUGUUGUAAAUGAACUCUGUUGCACAUCAGGACAACUAGCAUGAAUGUUGGUGCCAGUUCUCAUAUUCAUUAGAGUAUAAGUUAUAUUUUCCUGAUUUGGAAGCAGGGGAAGAGGGAAGAAAAUGGGGAGGGAGAGGAAGAAGAAUGUGUUCACUAUUUUCUGAGGUGUCGGACAGCUUGAUAGUCCAAGGUACUCAUAUCUUACAUUUUUAAAGUAUUGCCUACUUAUCAUCAUACUGCAAAUGUGGUGUGUGGAUUUGGUUUAUACAAAGCAUUAAAAGGGUGUAUCCUGUUGUCCUUUCUCGCCAGCUUCUGCUCUGGAUAUCUGCUGCUAAGAAUGAAACUUGCAGUUUGGUCUGAAUGUCCCAUUUGGGUGAGAUUAGGUGCUGUUAUGCUAUUUUUUCUUUUAAUUAACACAGUAACAGCAAAAAAUUCCGGUCAUCAAAAUGUACGAAUUAGGAGUGAAACUGGCCUUAUUUUUAGACAAUCUCUUGUCAGAUGGAUUUUAUGCUAAGUGACUGACUCUGAGAAUGCCUCUGGGAAUGUAGUGUCCAUGCAUAAUCUGCCACUCGUUAACUAAGGAAUUUCUCAAUGACUACAGAGUAUGGAUUUGUAAAUAUGUUCUGAGGGGUUUUUCCCUGUUACAUGAUGUUUGCUGUUGUCAUAGGUGACAAAUUUAUGUUAUGUAUCAUGUUUUCCUGAGCCCUGGAUG